GUCUUGACUACUUCGUCUAUACUGGCACCUUUUGCCAUUUGUCACUCUUAUUACGCAUCUUGGUGCGUCUCCGAGCCACUGUCAUCUGGUCGUCACUAUUCUAUCGUUCCUUAGCCAGAAACUAUACCUCAUUCAUUUCCCUCUUUUGGCACUGCGGUCAUUAACCCACUACCUGCAUUCGCUCUUAAUAUACCAGCAAUCAACAUGCCUUCGCGCCCCCAGCCUGAGAGGAAUCUCGGCAAUGCCAGUGUAAAGGCGCAGAAUGGAAGUCAAACAUCUGACUAUACUGAUACUCUGCUGAAGCGUGAGGGGAAUGACUCUAAACCUCGAACAUCCUUCCCACAGACAUCUGCAGAAAAGCAGCAGGACCUUGCGGGGAUUGGCCGGGGAGCUGAAUCGACUUGGUGCAAGCAUUAAUAUGGGUAUGAACUUAUGAUAAGAUGUAUUAGGCAUGUAUUGGGAUAAAGGUUUACAGGGAGAGAAUUGGAUAUAUUCGGAAUUAUUUCAUACAGCACAUAAUGCAUUGGCCUGACCCUUUUGCUAUUCUAC